ACAGCUGUUAUUACGCGUUGAACUUGCAUAGCGAACGGACGUAUUUGCGCGUGGGCGUCUAUACACUAAAAAAUCGAAAUCAAAACGCAACUUAAAGAAUUUAAUAAUAGUCUUAAACAUAAAAAGUAGUGUGCGUAAAUUAAAUGCAAGUGCAGUGCGGCGCCGCACACUAGUGUUUGUUGCAAUAAAUAAUCGCGGGCGCAAUAUCAAAGAGAAAGUGCCAACAAGAAAAGAAAAGAAAAGCGAUUUGUUAUUGCUAGAAAUUUGUGUGUUGUGUUCUGUUCAGUGUUGUGUUGUUGCUGCUGCUGUAUCGGCGCGCCAGGCGCUGCUUAUGCAAAUGUGCUGCGCUGCGCUGCGUCCUCCUCACACAGCGGUGGUCGUCAGAAAUUGCAAUUGCCGUUGCGCCUGCAAGUUUUAUGAAUGAGUCGGCCAAGGGGCACAGGAUCAGCCGCAACGUGAACAGGAGUCGCGCAACGACAACGUCCAUUGGUUGCCGCACUGCCGCAUCCCCAUUCCCAUCAAAAUGGCCUUCAGCUAUGCCUGCCUUGUGCUCCAGCGCGUCGUUGUGCCGGCCGUGCUCGUGUUGGCUUCGCUGAUGCGGCCGGUGGGCAUAUCGUUUGUGUACAUGUUAAUGUUCUUCAUGUCGCCAUUCAUACCACUCGCAACGCGCCGCAACUUCAAGGGUUCUGUCACCGCCUUCUUUAUCAUCCUGGUGGCAUUGAGCGCCUUUGUGCUGCUGGGUCACAUUGCGCUUCAGGUGGCAGCUGUCAGCGUCUCGUUGCCCAUCUACGAUUGCUCCUUCAGCGAGCGACUGCUGCGUCACAUUGGCUUCAUGAGUUUUGUGAACUUGCAGCCCACAGCCAUCGUUGAGUGGCUGGCACCGGAGGUUUUGGUCUUUACCACGGCGCUGGCCUCGUAUCUCAGCGUGAAGCGCUUGGCCGCACAAACGCUGAGCGCCGAGCAGCUGGAGAAUGGCGAACUGCCAGAAUCGCAGUCGGAGCAUGCUGUUAACCAGCAGGCGGGCAGCGUUGCCAACGAUGCCAACGGCGCCGAUGUGCAACAGGCGACUGCCACCACGCCGCUGCAACAACAGCAGCAGCAGCUGCGUAAACGCGUCUCCAUGAUCAGCCAGCACAUACACUUUGAGGGAUUGAUCAAGAUAUCACCUCUUUUCUGCCUGGCCACAUUGUUUUUUGCGGCCGCACUGCGUCCAUCUGUGCCGGGUGGCUUUUAUUUUCUCAUUUUCCUGCUGGCGGGCACCUACUGGGCAACCUGCCAGACGCUGCAACGUGGCUUUGCUUUGCUGCUGCGCUGCGUGAUGGUCGUCCUUGUGCUGCAUUCGCUGUGCAUUGUUUCCUAUCAGACGCCCUGGAUGCAGAGCCAUCUCAAUAAUACCAGCCUGACGGCACGUUUGAUUGGCCUGGAGCCGCUCAUUGAGUCCGAAUGCGUGCCGGAUAUACGCAUCCUGCUGUACAAUAAUAAACUCUCCCUGGACUCGUAUCUCAAUCCGUUCGCCUUGUUCUUUGCCUACUUUGCGCUGGCGCUGACCACAAAGCAUCUCAUCAAGCCGCGGCUGGUGCGCCAGAGCACACGCAAGGCGCGCUCGCCCCAGGCACUGGAGUCCGGCGGUGUGGUUCCGACAGCGUCCAGUGGCUCUCGCGGCAAUGAUAUACAGCUGGACUCGCUGGAGAGACGUUCCGAGCAUGAAAAUAAUACCACCUCCAUACUCGAUCAAAUCUCAUACGGUUUUGUCAGCGUCGGCGGCUUCAUCUAUCAGAAUAGCUAUAUAUUCACCAAUAUUCUGAUGAUGGCCUGGUCCAUAGUCUACCACAGCUGGCUGACCUUUGUGCUGCUGCUGUGGGCGAAUGUGCUGUGGAUGAUACCCAAUCAGCGCAAGGCCAUGAUGCGUUCCAGUCCAUUUAUUGUGCUGUAUGCGGAGCUGCUGCUGGUGGCCCAAUAUAUCUAUGGCAUGGAUCUGAACAACGACGAGCUGCCGACCAAGGUCUCAACGGCGGGCAUUAAUCUGCAACAGAUUGGCUUCGAGCGACCCAUUGAGAAUCAAAUGCGUCCGUGUGUGCCGCUGAUAGUGAAGACCGCGUUUGUGCUAAUGUUCUGGGUGACUUCGCGCCAGUUCUUUAAGGAGAAGCGGGACAGACGACGCGAUAGCACGUUGGCGGACAUUAUAGCACCGCUGCAGAUAACCGUGGGCUCGGCGGGCUCCACCUACCUCAUCAACGAUGGCAAGAAGACCUCAAAGUUCCUAAAGAAAGCUGGCGAUGUGAUUAAGAAUUUGCUGGUGCGCCUCUGGAUCUGGCUGCUGGUGUUGGUCAUCUUUUUGUGCGCCAUUACGGGCGAGGAUAUGACCGGUUUUCGCAUCUGCUAUAUGGCAUUGUUCCUAUUCUUCUUGCUGGUGUUUCAAUCAUCGUCCAAGGCCUGGGUUAAGAUCAUGUACGGCUUUUGGCUGUUCCUAAUCUUUUACGCCAUGUCCAUAUUGAUAUUGAUCUAUACAUAUCAGUUUGAUAAGUUUGACACCUACUGGAAGGACUAUCUCAAUGUGUCCCAAACGCUGCAAGCUGAUAUUGGCCUGAAGCUAUACAAGACUAAGGAUCUGUUCCUGCACUUGGUAUCGCCCACGAUUAUUGUCAUAUUGACUGUGAUACAGGUGCAUUACUUCCACAAGCGCUUCAUUGCCUCCCUGCAGCAGCAGCCUACGUCUGGCGGGGCACAAGGCAACGCCGCCGCCGCCGCACAACAGAAGCGCACAGAAACAGGUGCCUUGGAGGCACCGCCACUGAAGCGUCGCGGCAGCGCCAGUUCCUUGCGCCGUUCCGUUGGUCCCACAGCUGAAGGCGUAACGGGCGUUGCAACCACCACCGAUUUUGAGACAUCGGUACGGGAUUUGGUGCGCAUCUCGUUCCGCAAGAUCAAAAACAAAUCGGAGUACAUAUUCAAGCGUUUCAAGACCGUCUUCUGGCGCUUCCUGGAGCUGCACAUCAUGAAGGCCGUUUAUAUAGCGGCCUUCGUGUGCAGCGUCAGCGAAGUAUGCGUCCUGCACAUUGUCUUUGUGGGCUUCUGUGUGCUAGGCGCCACCUCUCGCAAGGCUGUGCAGGUGGUUAUCAGUCGCCUGAUUAGCUUCAUAGUUACCAUCAUUGUGCUGUCCAAGAUGAUAUAUCAAAUCGAGUAUUUGGAUCAUUCGCAAUAUAGCGUCACCUGCUCGGACAAUCGCACCGCCAACAAUGCCGAAUGGGUGGGCCUCAACAAGGCCGAUAAACUGGAGGGCGGUCUAAUGGGUCUGCUGCGCACCUACAUUAUUUAUAUGGUGAUUGUCACCAUGCACGCGGUCAUAUCGCUGCGCCAGCUCCAGAUGCGCGUCAAGAUUGGCGAGAAUAGCGCCAAUCAGCCAAAGCUGCUCUUCCAGAAUAUCACGCGUGCCGAUGCUGAGAAGGAUUUGGUUGGCCUGGCCAAGUAUUUGUUGAACUUUGGCUUUUAUAAAUUCGGCAUUGAGAUAUCGCUGAUAGCCCUUGUCUCGACCAUUACGUACCGUCAGGAUAUUGUUGCGGUAGCCUAUGCCCUGUGGCUGGUCGUCAUCCUGCUGCUAAAGCGUUCGCAGUGUGCCAAAAUGUGGGGCAUAUUCCAGACCUUCUUCGCCAUCUCCAUACUGCUGCAGUAUAUUGUGCUGGUGGGUCUGCCGCCUAGCUGGUGUAUGGUGUAUCCUUGGGAUGAGGGAUCCUUUGGCGAGAGCAUUCAACGCUGGACCAUGCUGCCGGGCGCCUUGCACUUCAAUCAUGUGCCCAAGCUGAUCUUCGAUUUCAUUGUGCUCAUCAUACUGAAUCGCCAGAAGAGCAUCUUCUGCAUUGAGCAGCGGUAUGCUACCAAUGAUGAUUAUCCCGGUGGCAGCAAUCGCAGUGUAAUUGCGGACAUUGCCCAGUUGGGACGUGUGCCAUUUGACAAUCCCACGCAUGAUUUCUGCUCCUAUAUACGCAACUAUUCGGAUAUAUUGAAGAAUGGCGUUUUGUGUGGCUUCUAUUGGUUCACCUUGGCUGUGGUCUUUCUGGCCGGCACUAAUAUAGCGGAUCUGCUGGCGCUGGGCUAUUUGAUUGGCGCCUUUGUGUUCCUCUGGCAGGGCUCUGAUUUUUAUUUGCGUCCCAUCAAAACAAUCAUCAGCCGCUGGAAAUGGCUGCUGGCCUUCAAUGUGGCCAAUAUACUGAUCAAGACAAGCUUCCAAAUGGCGGGCUGUUUAUUUAUGACGCCGCUGACCAACAACUGCUGCUGGCUGGUGCAUAUGUUGGGCAUUACCUGCACCAGCAAUGUGGUCAAGGAGCUGGAACUGGUGCCCGGCGAUGAGACGGAUCUACUGAUUGGACCCGAUGGCUGCCCCAAGAUCACGCAUCAAAUUGUGCUGCUCUGGGAUGCGAUUUGUUUUGCGUUUAUCAUAUUUCAGUUGCGCAUCUUUAAGUCGCAUUAUUUCUGUCAUAUCAUCACGGACACCAAGGCAAACAAUAUACUCGCCUCCAGAGGCGCGGACAUUAUUGAGAGCCUGCGGCAGAAGCAAAUUGCCCAUCGUCAUGACCAUGAGAAGCAGGUGCUGCACAAGAUUAAGCGCAAAAUGGAACGCAUACGUGCCACACAACAGAAGAUGCUGCGUCCACUGGAUAAACAGACCCACUUUGAUGGGCAACGCACGCCCUUGGAGCAAAGCCUGGGCGAGGCAGCACCGCUGGCGCAUCAAAGCAGCUUUGUUUCCUGCCAAGGCUCCGGCUAUCAAACGCCCGAUGGCCCCAGCUCCAAGAGCAGCUCGGGCACAUCAUCGCCUGCGCGCGCCUCCAUGCUGUCGAGCAGCAGCAGCAGCGCUGAGAGCGUCGACAGCGCCGAUGCAGCUGUUAUUAUCGAGCCGGAGAUUAACAUAAUGCUAUGCGAUGACGAGGAUUUGAACUAUGCGGAUGUGCAAUCAUUCAGCGACGAGCCCGACGCGCCGCCAACUGCUUUGGCUGCCAAACGUCCGGCUACGGUAACCACAACAGCUGUAAGUGCCCAGACCGGAAAUACGUUUUCAAUUUCAAUAUGCCAAUUGAAUUCCUCGAAGCCGACCACGCCAAGCACGGAUGCGCUCUCCGCGCUACUCACCGAAGGUUUUCUGGAGCCCAAACGGAUUUCAUUGGGUCUGGCGCCCUCGGAGCAGAGUGGGCAAUCGACCAUGCACACGCUGGUGCCGCCACUGGCCUCAUAUGCCACAGCCUUGGCUACCAGUACGGCCAGCUCAGUGAAUCUGACGCCCAAUCUGCGGCGUCAGCAUCGCCGACAGUCGUCCACAAAUGCUGCCGUCUCUUGGAACGAAACGGUGUCCAUUAAGUGUUCGCCCAUUAAACAAAAUCUGGUAAAGAUCAGAUCAGCUUCAGCAAUAACUGUGCCACGGAUUACCCUCGCUCUUAUCUCGCAGUCUGCGGAGCAUGAGGAGCUGGUCACAAUGCGUCAGAAAUCGCUGCAUCGCCGCCAUCUGAGCAUGGGCAAUGCCAGCUACUCCAUGGACGAGGCACAGGCGCGUCAGCGUCGCACCAGCAAUUUGUCCGGCGCCAGGGAUGAGGCUGCAUUAAGGGCUGCACAGCGGCCGCAUAGCUGGGGACCCGUCGGUACGGUCUACUAUAUGGAGUCGCUGAUGUGCGCCUUCUAUGAGCCCGCACUGCUGCAUGGACCAUCUACGCGCGCCGGCGACUAUUAUAUGUUUGAGGAAAUGGAUGACAAGUUCGAGCUGGAUUUAAUACACGAUGAGAUUGAUUUUCUCGAGGAGGAAAACAUAACGGAAAGCGAAAUGAAAAUGCAGCGACGCAAGACGCUAUACGAUGUUUGGAAGGAUCUAAACGAUGCGGAAUAUCGUCGUCAUUUGUAUAUGCGCGAGCGUUCCUAUGCCUCCGAGCCGGGCUCUCGCAUCGCGCUCAAGGAUAUGGCCGCCUAUAGUCUGGAUGAGCGAGAUGAGCUGGUUGCUGGUGUGGAUCACGUGACUGAUGACGUGGCCGACAACAAGCGUGCUGAUGCUGACGAUGACGAUGAUACCAUUGAGUGUGACGUGGGCGUGCGCACCUCGACGCUCUCCGAGCCGGUUGACUUUGGUCGACGCAGUCAGACGCUGCUCGAGACCCAAACGCCGCCUCCAGUUCAGGCAGUUAAAUCAAAGGAUGCGCCCACCGAUUUCUUUCCCUCGACGAGCAAGGGCAUCUCCAAGGAACGCGAUGCAGCGGCCACCACAAGCAGUCCCAAGCCAGCUGCCAAGGAUGUAGCCGAUUUGCCAACAACGGCUGCAUUGGCGACGGCAGCGCCACGCGAGGCCACCUCCAAGGAGACCUCGGACAGUAAAUCGAAAAUGGAACCGGAUAGCGGCGAUGUGACGGCCAAGGAUUCGGAUGAGGAUUUCGAUACGAAUCCCAUUAUACGCCUGCUGGAGGGCUUUCUGGUUACCUUAACCAUACGCCUGAAUCGCUUCUCGCGCAAUUAUCGCUUCGUCAAUCGGAUUUUGGCGGGCGAGAAGAAAACUCUCAAAGAAUCCAGCUCGCUGAAUCGUUUGGGCCUCUCCAGCGCCGCGGCCAUGUUCCAUUUUCUGAAAUCGAAUCUCGAGAGUGAUGAAAACGGUGGUCAGCCAGUUUCAUCAUCUACACCGCGUCGCUCACAGCUGGCCACAACAACAACACCGCCCACAGCAACAACAAUAUCAGACAAUGAACACUUCAGCACACCACUUAACACAAAUACAACAACCACACCGCUCACACCGCCAGAACAAAAACAACAGCAACCACCACAUCCACACGAUAAACCACCAGCAACCAGUACGCCACAGCAAUCACAACCAGUCGACGAUAUCAUCGAAAUGCCUGUAGAUACCGUUGAUGCAGCAAGCUCUAGAAAACAAUCAAUCAGUUCAUCGCCGCCAACGAAAGGCCGCAAAUCGGACUGCGGCCUGCCUGAGAUACGCAUUAAAGCGCCAUCUAUUGAGCGCAGCGGGCAGCAGCAGCAGCAGCAGUUAACGCAGCCGCCUCCGCCGCCGUCUCACACGCCUCAUCAUCAUCAUCAAGCGCAUCAUCAGCAGCAGGCGAGCAUCGGCUCGGGUUCGCUCAGCAAGCACUGGUCCUACGAGCACGUGGACAGCGCUGGUGAAUUCAAUCUGGAGGAGGAGAACUUUGCGCAGCGGGAUCAUCACAUCAUUGUCGAGGUGCUAAUUUCCUCCUGGUAUGCGCUACUGGCCAAUACGGAUCUCAUUUGUUAUAUUGUGGUGUUCAUCAAUCAGGUGGUCAAUGCCAGUCUCAUCUCGUUACCGCUGCCCAUUAUGGUGUUCCUUUGGGGCACACUAUCGCUGCCGCGUCCCACGAAAACGUUUUGGGUCACAUUGAUUGCAUACACGCAGGCCAUUGUCCUGAUCAAGUGCAUCUUUCAGUUCAAAUUGAUUUGGGCCAACUAUCACAAUUUGCCCAAUCAGCCGCUCGCGCCGGCCAAAAUCUUUGGCGUCGAGAUGAAAACCCACUAUGCGGUCUAUGAUUUGAUAUUGCUGUUGGUGCUGUUCCUGCAUCGCUAUCUGCUCAAGUCGCAGGGCCUGUGGAAGUCCGGCUACAAGGAUGUAGAUCAGCAGUUUACCAAGCCCACGGCCAGCAUCGAUGAUCGCGAGGAUAGCGAUAAUAUGUCACAGCCGGACUCCCGCCAGCUAAAUGAGGAUGCCGCACAGAAGCUCAGCCUGCAGGUUAGCCAGGUCUCCCUGCCUGGCUCGCCCGAGUACAGCAAAUCGGCUAUCAAUCAAUUGGAACGCACUAAGUAUACGUCCUCGCUGCACAAGUUCUUCUUCAGUCUGGUGCACAAAUCCCGCCUGGCCACCGAUGUCUAUGCGCUGAUGUUCCUCUGCGAUUUUGUGAACUUCUUUGUGCUGCUCUUCGGCUUUACCGCAUUUGGCACUCAACAAACGGAGAGCGAUGGCGGCGUCCAAACCUAUUUGGCGGAGAAUAAGGUGCCGGUGCCGUUUCUGAUCAUGUUGCUGGUGCAGUUCCUGUUGAUUGUCAUCGAUCGAGCACUUUAUCUGCGCAAGGCUUUGGUCAACAAGAUCAUAUUCCAUUUCUUCUCGGUUAUUGGCAUACACAUCUGGAUGUUCUUUGUGGUACCGGCUGUGACGGAGCGAACAUUCAAUUCGCUCGCACCGCCAAUUAUAUUCUAUGUGAUCAAGUGCUUCUAUAUGCUGCUGAGCUCCUAUCAGAUCAAGUCGGGCUAUCCGAAGCGCAUUCUGGGCAACUUCUUUACCAAGGGCUUCUCGAUGGUCAAUAUGAUUGCGUUCAAGGUGUACAUGCAGAUACCCUUCCUUUAUGAGUUGCGCACCAUACUCGACUGGGUGUGCAUUGAUAGCACCAUGACCAUCUUUGAUUGGCUUAAAAUGGAGGACAUCUUCUCGAAUAUAUAUCUGAUACGUUGCACCCGGCAAUCGGAAACGGAUUUCCCUGCAAUUCGCGCACAGAAAAAGCCCUCCCUCUCCAAGCUAAUAAUGGGCGGCACUGUUGUUUUAUUGAUUGUCAUCUGUAUUUGGGGACCGCUCUGCUUGUUUGCGUUGGGCAAUGCUGUGGGCACGUCGAAUGUGCCCUAUCAGGUGUCGGUGUCCAUACGCAUCGGUCCCUACGAUCCCAUAUAUACGACCAAUAACUAUGAUAGCAUAUUUGAGAUUGACUCCAAGAUGUAUGGCCAGAUGACGAACGCGUUCAUUAAGAACAAACAGGCGUUGACCUUUAUAGCUGGCUACGAUGCCACCGAUGUGGCUGCUGUCAAGCUGGCGGGCAACUCGCCUUCACUGUGGAAUAUAGCUCCGCCGGAUAGGCAGCGCUUGGCCAACGAUUUGCGUAACAAUCACACGCUCAUUGCGCGCUUUUCCUAUUCGCUGACUCGCAAGGCGCCCGCCAAGGGACUCAAGGAAAACGUGGGCGAUGAGCACAUCAUCAAGCUGGAUGAAACGUUCGCGGGACGCACUGCACUUAUCAAUAUGCUCGACGAGACAUAUGAGCAACUGGAGGGCAAGGUCAAUAGCAAUGCCAAUGAGACUACCAAUGUCAAUGGCACCAUCAGUGCAAACGACACCAUCAAUGCGAAUGGCACCACCAAUGCGAAUGGCACCACCAAUGCCAAUGCCACCAUCCCAGCCAAAAACGCAAGCGAGGUGGUCGUGGUGCUGCCCAACAUGAUACCUAAGUUUAUCAAGGUGCUCAACUCGGGGGAUGCGUUUGUCGUGACUGUACUGAGUGGCAAGGAGCAGGAGUAUCGACCGUUGGUCAUUAAAAUGCAUCGCGAUAACGCAACCAAUGGGCUCUGGUGGGAGAUACGCGAUUUUUGCUCUGACAGCUUUUACACGAACACGCUUAAGGACUUGCCCUACAGCGAUUGCAGCUCGGGCAUCGUCAUGUACACCUUUAAUGACAAGAAAUUCCCAUCGACCUUCAGUUUUCUUACAGCGGGCGGCAUCAUUGGUCUUUAUACUACAUUCGUGUUAUUGGCCUCGCGAUUCAUGAAAUCGUUUAUUGGUGGCCAAAAUCGUAAAAUCAUGUUUGAGGACUUGCCCUACGUGGAUCGGGUGCUGCAGCUGUGCCUAGACAUAUAUCUGGUACGUGAGGCACUGGAGUUCGCUUUGGAGGAGGAUCUUUUUGCCAAAUUACUCUUCCUGUAUCGCUCACCCGAAACGUUGAUCAAAUGGACGCGCCCCAAGGAGGAUUAUAUGGAUGAUGAUGGCGACACCGAUUCCAUACCCAGUCGCAUGAGCGUGCGUCGACCCGAGCAGCUACAACAACAUCAAUAUCAACAGCAACAACAACAAUAACAUAGGUCUAAUCUAAAUGUUUGAGUUAAUUAGAAUCUUGUUUACGUAUGUUUAGUACGUAUGUUUCGUUAACGUAGGUUUCAUAGUUCUUUUUUAAAUUUAUACAGAAAUUAGUUAGAGAAACAAUAUACAAAAUACACACACACAUACACACACACAUCACCUAAAUACACUUACAAUUAAUUACAAUAUUUAUGUAGUUAAACUUUGUCAAGUACUGCCGUGUGUUAAAAAACCCGUGUAAACGUUAAAGGAAUUUGUACACCUACUAAUUAGCUAGUUAGUGCGUGUUCUAUAGGGCAUACAAUACCUUUA